CUGAUUUCCCUCAGUCUUCUAUUAUGCUUGUGCAUUUUCCUAUCGGAUAACUACUAGUAAUAGAGAUUUUAAUGUUUGUUUGAGCUGGAGAAAGUUAGGGUUGAAGUUUUUGAUUACUUCAAAUCAUUCUCAUUCAGCAAUGGAAUGUUUCUAUUUCCAUUUCUUUUUUCCCCCAAUUUCGAAUGAACCUAGGGCUUGUUUACUAAUCCGUAAACAAAAGAAUCCUAUAGGAAGAGUAAUGAUAUGUGCAUACAAAAUGUGCCUGGUACUUUUAAUGUAGAUUGAAAUGAAAAAUGUAGUCAGAAUGUUAUUGACUGAAGAUUAGGUUACACUAUAUAGAGGCAUAAAGCCUUGUAACAGAAUGAAGGGAAAAAACCAAAAUGUAACAGACUAAGUCUGUUAUGAAACAGAAUGGGUAACAGAAUAAAACUUAAGGAUAAAAGGCUAGGCUAAUCUUAAUACGCCCCCUCAAGAUGGAGUGUAUAGACUUUUGACACCCAUCUUGGAUAUAAGGUCAUGGAAGUAAGUCGAAAAUAGUGCCUUGGUAAGAGCAUCAACAAUGUUGUUCUUGGAGUUGACAUGAAUGAGCUUGAGUGUUCCAUUGGUGACUUUGUCCCAAAUGAGGUGGCAAUCUAUUUCAACAUGUUUGGUACGCUCAUGGAAGACCGGGUUCUCGGAAAUGUGUAUUGCUGCUGCACUAUUGUCACAAGAAGUGCAGGUUUUGUGUGAGAUAUACCGAAGUCCUUUAGUAAAGCAAGUAGCCAUGUUAUCUCACAAGUGGCAUUUGCCAUAGCCGGUACUCAGCUUCGGCAGAAGACUUAGACAUUGUUUGUUGCUUCUUGGACUUCCAUAAAAUGAGGCUUUGGCCGAGGAAGAUGCAGAAGCCAGAAAUGGAACGUCUAGAAUCAACACAACUUGCUCAGUCGGCAUCAGAUCUUCAGCUGGACAUCUGCGGAGGAAAGGCUUGUCUCAGCAUAGGCCUGAAUGUGAGGACUUGAGGUUGCUGGAAAAAACAAGCCUUGAGCAGGAAUUCCUUUCAAGUAUUGUAGAACUCUGUGAGUAGCUUGAAGAUGAGGGUGCCGAGGUGUUUGAAGAAAUUGGCUGAGAUGAUUGACAGCAUAACAUAUGUCUGGUCGUGUGAUUGUGAUGUAGAUGAGUUUCCCAAUAAUGCUUCUAUAAGUGGUCGGGUCUGAGAGUAAUUCUCCUUCAUCCUUGCUGAGUUUGAGGUUGGGCUCCAUUGGAGAUGAUGUUGGUUUUGUACCGUGAUAACCUGCAUUAGUGAGAAGCUAUAAGAUAAAAGGAUGUUGAGAAAUGGAAAUACCUUUGGAAGAUCUGCCUAUUUCUAGGCCAAGAAAGAACCUUAAUUGGCCAAAGUCUUUUAAGUUGAACCGACUGUCUAAGUUAUUUUUGAAGUCAUUAAGAGUAUUAUCAUUGUUACUUGCUAUGAAAAUGUCAUCAACAUAUAUUAGUAAAGCUACGUAGACACCUGCCACAUUUUUAAUAAACAAGGAAUGAUUAGAAGGAGAUUGAACAAAACUAGUUUGAAGAUGAGUGGUACUAAGUUUUUGGAACCAUUGUCUCGAUGCUUGCUUGAGACCAUAAAGACUCUUUUUGAGUUUGCAAACAACAUUGGAAGGAACUGUGCCCUUAGGUAUAUAGCCUUGUGGAAUCUUCAUGUAAACUUCUUUAUGGAGGCCGCCAUGGAGGAAAGCAUUGUUGAUAUCCAUUUGAUGAAGAGUCUAAUUUUUUAUGGCAGCUAGAGCAAGUAACAACCGUAGGGUGGUAAAUUUGGCUAUCGGGGCAAAAGUUUCGGAGUAAUUGAUUCCUUGUUGUUGGAUGUAUCCCUUAGCAACUAGUUGGGCCUUGUAGCGUUCAAUAUCACCAUUAGGCUUGUAUUUUACUUUGUAGAUCCUCUUGUUUCCAAUUGUAUGACAGCCUGACAGCCUGGAGGAAGUGUAGUUAAUGUCCAUGUGUUGUUGGCUUUAAGGGCUUCAAGCUCGGCAUUCAUGGCCUGCUACCAUUGAGGUUGUGUACAAGCGUCUUUGUAGGAUUGUUGCUCAGUUAUAGUAUUUGCUGCAAGAAUAGCUGCACGAAACUGGGGAGAAAGUUUAGUGUAAGAAAUAGUAAGAGGAUGGGCUGUAGUAGAAUGAGCACAAACAUAAUCUGAGGUGGGCCGGUGUAUUAACCAUACGACCCGAUUGAGUUCGUGUUCCGUCAGCCGCUGUAACAUCCUCUUGAUGACUUGUUUCAGCUGUAGUAACAGGUAUAAAACAAGGUAAAACAUUGUUAGUGAAUAAUGAUGAUAUGUCAUCAGUUGUGGUUUUAUCUUUAAAAGGAAAAAUAUGCUCAUGGAAUUUGACAUCUCUUGAGUGAAAAAUCUGGUUUGUUGCAAUAUCAAUUAAAGUGUAUGCUUUCAUGUUUUCGGGGUAGCCAAUAAAAGCACAAGCCCGAGAACGUUUUGUGAAUUUGUGCCUGGUCUUGUCUAAUGUAGAUGCAUAUACAAGACAACCAAAAACUCUUAAAUGGUCAUAAGAAGGUUCCUUGUUAUGAAGAAGGAAAUAGGGUGCUUUGUUCUUAAGAAGAACAGAGGGUGUACAAUUUAUAAGAUAAACAGCAGUUUCGACCAUAAAACUCCAAUAAAGAAGAGGCAAAUGAGAUUGAAAAGCAAGAGCCUCUAGCAACAUUAAGAAUAUGUUGGUGUUUUCGUUCUACAAUAGAAUUUUGUUGUGGGCGAUCUACAUAAGAAUGAUAAUGUAAAAUACCCUUGCUAGCAUAAAAAGAUGGUAAACUAAGUUCUUUAGCAUUGUCACUUCUUAUAGCUUUGAUGUUAAUGCCAUAUUGUGUAUAGAUAAAGGUAAAUAAAUGUAGUAUGCAAGAUGAAGCCUUGGAUUUGGCUUUUAGCAUGUAAAUCCAAGUAUAUCUAGACUUGUCAUCAACAAUGGUUAGAAAAUAUUUAUAUCCUUCUAUACUAGUGAUGUGAAAGGGUCCCCAUAUAUCUAUGUGAAUAAGAUCAAACACACAACGAAAGCAAAAUUAUUAUGAGAAAUAAUAGGGAUCCUUUUUUGUUUGGCAAAAUGGCAAAUGGAGCAAUGUUUAUCUACUGAAUUAUGGGCAGAAAAAGAAAGAGUUUUAUUCAUAUUAUUCGAAAUUGAAUGAGAAGGGUGACCAAGUCUUAUGUGCCAUUGAUUGACAUCAAUACAAGGACUAGUAAGAGAGUAAUUAGUAUUGGAAAAGAAAGACAAAUCUUGUUCGAAACAGAAUAGUUUGCCAUAUCGUCUAGCUGUCCCAAUCUUCAAAGUCGUUGUAGAUGCUUGCAAAAAACAACAAGUGCGAGUAAAAAUCACAUUGUUGGUAGUUUGAGCUAUAUAAGAUGUUACCGAAAAAAGGUUUAUCUUGAAGUUGGGAACAAAAAGAACAUUUUUGAGAGAUAUCUUUUCUGUUAUAUGGACAGUGCCUAAUUUGGCAAUAGGGACCGUGAAACCAGUAGGAAGAACAACUUGCGAAACAGCUACUUUAUCAUCAAAGGAAGAAAAACAUUUUAUGUUAUGGCAUAUAUGGUGUGUAGCACCACUAUCAACAACCCAAAGAAAAGGAGGCAAAUAUACAGUUUUACCAGAGAAGUUGGAUGUGGCAGGAGCAACUGAGCUAGUAGUUGCUUGGUUUUGGAGUUGUUGACACAUUAAGGCCAUGAGUUUCUGGCAGUUCUCAUUGAAGUGAGCUGUCUGUAUUGAUGCUUCAGGUGGAAUAGAGACUUGAGAGGCUUGAGCUUUGUCAUGUUGUUUCUGCCAAUCACCUUUACCGGGGGGAACCAAUGAAGAAAGUAGCAUUUCUCAACAAGAUGCCUGGGUUUGUGACAAUGAGUACAGGUAUAUCUUGGUUUCUUGGUCCGUGAUGCUGCAGCAAUGGAAGAAGUGGAGGCAGGAGGAGGAUUCUGUGCUAUAAUGGAAUGAGGAUUUGGAGGUUUUUGAGCAACUGUCAGAGCAACAAGAUUGUUAGUAACAGUGAUGCAUAUCUUGCGUUGUUUUUCAUCAUGGAUUAUCAUAGAGAAAACUUUAGCAAGAGUGGGAAAAGGUUCAAGCAAAAGGAUUUGGCCUCUAAUGGAAUGAAAACAAUCAUUUAAUCCAGUUGGAAUUGCAAAACCUGAUCCCGAUUGUACAAAUCAAGAUUAUUCUUAGCAGCUUCACAAUUGCAGAUUGUAUAGGCUUGGUAUUCAUUGAUCUCGUCCCAAAUAGACUUGAGUCUUACAAAAUAGCCACUGACAGAAUCAUCUCCCAGUCGAAGUUGUGCAAGAACUUGUUUGAGUUCGAAGAUACGGGACGGGGACCAUUCCCUUCGCUGAAACGAUCAGUGAUUUCUUGCCAUAUAGCAGCAGCAGUCUAGAGGUCAUAAAGCCCUAAUUUCUUUGGAAAUGGAGUUUAAUUUCCAAGACAUGACCAUAUUGUUGCAACGUAACUAGGAGCUGUGAUUGGGGUCUGUGGUAGGAGGUUUGGGCAGAGUUCCAUCCACAAAAUCCAUCUUGUUCUUAGCACCAAGGGACAUGGUCAUUGAGCAUUUCCAGGAAUGAAAAUUAGUUUUAGUGAGGAUAGGAGAAGCAAUUAGCAUUCCGGGGUGAUCUCCAGUGCCGAGAUGAUAUGGACUACGAAAAUCCUCAUAGGCAGGUUGAUCAAGAUUGGUGAGGGGGUCAAAACGAUUUGAAGAAGAAGUCAAUCCGCCAUUGUUACUAGGGGGAUGAGCUUGACGAGGCACUGGGCGAUCAGUGGUGGAGUCAGACGCCGGAGUUGGAGGUGGAGGAUCUUGGCGUUGAGAAGAGCUUUUGGUGCGUGGUCUGGCCAUUGGUUUCAGUCAAGAGUGCAUCUGAUACCAUAUUAGGGAAAUGAAGACUGAAAUGAAAAAUGUAGUCAGAAUGUUAUUGACUGAAGAUUAGAUUACAAUAUAUAGAGGCAUAAAGCCUUGUAACAGAAUGAAGGGAAAAAACCAAAAUAAAACUUAAGGAUAAAAGGCUAGGCUAAUCUUAAUAAAUCAAUACAAAGCAAUGUCGAAAUCCCUUCUUAUUCCCCGCUCUUCUUCUAAUGGCUCCUUCUUGGAAUCCCUUUCUUUCUUUCAAACUUCACACCGUUACUAUGUCAAUGAUGCGUCAUCAUCAGAAGCCAGAUGCAAAGAAGCGGUAGAUUCUUACGAAGACGACCUCUUUGUAAGCUCUGGAAUCAGCAGACCCCUUUACAAAAUCCUCAAGCACCUCAACAAGAAAGUCCCCGAUUCCCUUAUCAAGAAUCGCGUUGAAAAUGGACUCUCCUCCAGAUAUGUUCCCUGGCAUAUUGUAAACCGAAUUAUGAACUUACAUGCUCCAGAGUGGUCUGGUGAGAUUAGAAGUGUCUGUUAUUCUCCCGAUGGCAAAUCAGUUUCUGUCAUUUAUCGUGUCACGCUCUACGGGACUGAUGCAGAGAUAUAUAGGGAGUCAACAGGCACUGCUUCCUUAGAGGACACAAGUUAUGGUGAUCCUAUGCAAAAAGCAGAAGCAAUGGCAUUUCGUCGAGCUUGUGCGCGAUUUGGCCUUGGGCUUCAUCUUUAUCACGAGGAUAUGUUGUAAUCUAAAUAGAGUAUUAUUAUUUUAUAACCGUUGACCGUUAUACACACUCAUCCAACACUUGAUCCUAUGCCAAAUGUAAGUUUUUUCAUUUUGAGAUGUGUAGCCGGGUUGCGCUGGCUGGCUAUGCACUGAGUUGUUGCUGUGUCGUUUCUUUUUUAUUUUCCUGUUAGCAUUGCUUCUAAUACGAGUGCAGGUACCAGGUUGGUACUUGGACCCCAAAAUGAGGUGAAUGCUAUGCCCAGGGAGAAGUUUUUCAUAUUUUGGCAUGGAGAAAGUUGUUGAUAUCAAUUGCAAUUUGUAAUAGGCUGUGGGCUUAGCAUUGAACUUUUAUUUUUGCUUGUGGUGUAUAUUAACUUUGCGAAAAUUUAGGAUGGUUGUCCACAUUGUUCACUUUUUUUUUUUAAUGUCCUUUUCAUGACCAAGUGAACGCCGAGAUUUUUAAGGCCUAUUUUUCUAGAAAUAUACCCAUUAAUGAUGGGAAUGUACUAUUUUGUUAGCUGUGUUUAAAUGACAUACAAGGUUGGACUUUCUGAUA